AUGAUAAAAAAAGCUCAAGAGGAUGCUGCGGAACGUAAAAGGCGGAAUGAUGAAAAAAUUAAAAGGCAAAAGGAAACAGAAUUAGGUAAAAGGGAGGAUGAGGAACGUAAAAUAGAAGAUGAACGUCAACUUCAACGGGAAGCUAUGCUUCCAGGCAUUGAUGUUGUUUUUAAAGCGCGUGAGUCUUCUGAUAAAUCUCUAAAUGCUUAUUUGGAUGCUCUACAAAAUCAGCUGAAAUCUGUGCCACCUACAGUGGGCCUUCAAGUAACAGUGCCUUCACGAUAUGAUGCAAACAGUGAUGACAAUCCAGAUGUAUUUGAAUUCGGUAAAUCUGUCACUCUCAAUAUUGUCAAACCAGAUCUGAUAGAUGUUGACGAGUCAGUAGAAGCUGAUCUUGACAAGACGCUAGUAUAUAAUUCAGAUGUUAAAGGAGACGUUCUGGAUCAUGUGAACGAUAUUAUGAUCGUCGACGUAAGCGGGGAAGACGUGCCGGAGGAACCCGACCCUGUACUGGAUAAGCCAUCACAUGCUAAAACGCAAAGGAUUGUAGCGCAGCAUAACGUUGAUAGUUUAAUCUGUGGCCAGGCAACAUCAGACGCCAAAGGCAUACCGGAUUUCGCUGUUCCACAAGGCUCCUCUGCUAUUGGUGUUCCCAUAGGCUACUCUAUAAAGCCACCUAAAUUGCCGAAGAUACCGCCACCCCCUCCGCCAACAAUGGAACUAACAGGAAAUCUUAUUCCUGAUCAUGCUUUAAAAUACUCAUGGUUACCACCUCCCAGAAUCCACAUAGAAACGGCACCUCGCAAUCUUCCAAUUAUUAAUGUAGACAUUGAGAAGCCUUAUACUUCUGAGCAUAUCAUGCAAACUGAAUUGCGUAGGACAACUUAUCUGCCGCACGAAAUGGUAGAUCCCGAACCCUUACCAGCAUACAAUGUAAAUUUGGAUAUAGCACCGAAACUCAAGGUAUAUAACAACUCAUCUUACAUGCCAACUGCCGAACUGAAACCGCAGCCACUGAACAAUCCCGACUUCUCCAUCCACAUUCCCAAACCCAGACUUCAAGACACUUCAUAUGACUUAAAAAUAGAUGAGCCUCCCCCUCUGCAAGCACUUCAACCCCUGGACCCAAUAGACCCAUACACCACCUCUAUCAAUCUAAAUUUGGAUGCACCAGAACCUAUUCCAGAACUACCGAACAAAUCUGCUGCUGACUAUACACACAAUACUUCGACUCUCCAAAUGUGCGUCUCUUCCUGGGCUACUCCAACACCCACCCCUAGCUCCACCGACAUCCCCGAUACUGAGCUGUUCCCAUCGCAGGUCCCUCGCACCGUCCGGGAGAUGCUUACUUGGCUGGCUGGGCUUAUGAACGAAAAGCAUCAUUACACUCUGGAGAAAUGUAUUAACAAGGCAUUUAGCGGCUUGUAUAGUGAUCCUUCACAGCUUGCACUCUCAAUCAACGGUUCAUACGUCCGACCCACAGAUGUAUUCGACAUACUCCAACUUACCGCCAUGUUUGCAGGUUCCGUGCUCUCCGCCAUAGCGCCUAACUGGAAGGCAAACGUGUCAUCUAGAACUAUGACAACUAAAUCCACCACCCAAUCCGAUGAACCUGAUUGCUGCGCCCUCCUCUGCCAGCUGCGUGACUACGUCUACGCCUCUCACUACCAGUUGGAGUUCCUUAAGGCGCAGUGUAAUAGAGAUGAGUCACACGGUGGGUGGCAAGAUUGUAACUAUGGCAGUGAUACCAAUGCGAUAUAA